AUGGUGUCCGCUGCAGUUCGCUUUGGGGAUGGCAGAAUGCGCGGGAUGCUCUUAGUACUGCUCUAUGUCUCCCACUCUUCUGCCAGCUGUGGCAUCCAGAAAACCAACAUUAUGGAAAAUUCCGAGGAGGGUUUGGUCAACGACAAGGAAUUCCCGUGGGUAGUGUCGCUGCAGGAUUCCCAAUACACCCACCUGGCUUUUGGCAGCAUCCUUAGUGAGUUCUGGAUCAUCAGCAUCGCAUCCGCCUUGCAGAACAGGAAGGACGUCAUUGUUAUAGUUGGUAUAGCUAAGAUGGAUGCCAAAGUGGUUGCUCAUGAAGAGUAUCCAGCCAAUAACAUCAUCAUCCAUGAGGAUUUUGAUAAUGAAACCAUGAUCAAUAACAUAGCCCUCCUGAAGACAGACACGGCGAUGGAGUUCAACAACCUGAUCCAGCCCAUCUGCUUCCUCAGCAGAAAGCUGCAUGUGCCACCAGCCUUGCGGAACUGCUGGGUGGCAGGAUGGAAUCCCACGUCUGCAACAGGAAAUCACAUGACGAUGAGUAUCCUGAGGAAAAUCUAUGUGAAAGACAUCAACCUAUGUCCCCUACACAAACUCAAGAAAACAGGAUGUGGCAAUCACAUGGAACAGGAAACUGAUGCUGUCUGCUUGGGGGACCCAGGAAACCCAAUGAUGUGCCAGCUACAGCAACUGAAUCUGUGGGUGCUGAGAGGAAUCUUGUCCCAUGGUGGUGAGGAAUGCCCUGGCGUAUUUCUGUACAUCAGGGUGGAAGACUAUAGUGACUGGAUUAUAUCCAAGACUAAGAAAACCAGCCAUCCACUGUCUUCUUUCUACCACUUGGAGGAUUCGUUUCCUUUCUUCAGCUACUCAUCACAUAUCAUCGUGACACAGAGAAAACAUUCUGGGCUAGGCCAGGGUGGAUGGUCCCAAACAUACACGCAAGGACAAAAAAGGGUCGCCAUACAUUCAUGGCCAACAAACAGCUUUAGAAAGGGUCCAGAUGUUGGGGAGAAAGGGUUAAAGGAAUUAGGCAAGUCUUCUGUUGCGGCCAUCCAACCCAUGUACUAUGACUAUUAUGGUGGGGAUGCCAGGGAUGGUGGUGGGCCUAUUUCAGGUCAGAACAGGUUACAUCAGCCCCAAGAAAUUAUCUUGUUUUUCUUUGUGCUGGUUUUCUUUUGCAAUGGUAUCUAG